UUAAAUCUGUUUCUAAUUUGGCGGGCGACAAGAGCAAAUGUAGUGCUGCCACUAAAAAAUGUCGGUUAUUAUAUUAAACCAAAGGCAGAGGAAACUAAACAUCUCAGAGACGAAUGGAGUGUCUUCCAACAGAAGUUGGGACUUUCACAGCGUAAAGUUGAACAAUUGAAGUCGAAAAAAAACUGGCUAGAUACAAUGGGCCCCUUUAAUCGCGUUAUUGAAGCAAACCCCAAAUAUUUAAUUAUGAAUGAUAAGAAAUUUGAAUUGAAUGACGAUGAAAACAAGACAACUAAAUAUUUAAAACGUUCUCGACGAAAAAUUGCCGUGAGAAUGGUGUCGAAUAUUCCAGCUGAAAAAAUCGACGAGUUGCUUAAAGUCUUUAAUCGUCAACAUGAAAUCGAAGAUUCAGAUUUAGAUGAAAAUAUCGAAGAGUCAAGUGAAGAUUAUGAUGAAACCGAUUAUUCUAAUUCGCACAAACCUUUUGCGUUAACGUCUGCUCUGGAUCCUGAUUAUAUGUAUGAAAAUAUAUAUGAAGAUGUUCAAGACGCUGCAGCAUCCACAAAUAUUAAUACCGAUUCAGAAUUUACAUUUCUUCAGGACCUUAUAUUGAAAGCGAACGGAAACCGAUGGCAAUAAAACACGUUAAAGAAAAUUGGCUACAGCAGGAAUAGUUUUUUGUUAUAAGAAGAAUAACUAACUUAAAUAAGAAUGCUGGCAUAGGUGAUAUAUAAUAUACAAUUUAUAAAAAUCUGUGAAAUAGUAUAAGUGAUGUAGAUCAAGCCAUGCCUGAUACUUAAGUCUAACAAUAACCUAUAAAGUAACGUUUACAUUCUAAGUGAAUAUAUGUAGAUCUUGAAAUCUAUGUUACUAAUUUAAUUGUUUAAGUAUGUAUAUUUCGUUGUGUACUUGUUUGUUAAAUAAAAAACCCAAUAAGUGAAAUUAACCUAA